UGUUUUCCACAAACGUCACUUCCGGUCGGUCUGUUUAUCCUCUCUGGUUUCUGUGUUCGCGCUGCUCAGUUGGCAAGAUGGCGUCGGAACCGAACAAGACAGAAAUCCUCACCAUUUUUAAACGUUUGCGCUCUAUACCCACAAACAAGGCCUGCUUUGACUGUGCUGCUAAGAACCCGAGUUGGGCCAGUAUUUCGUAUGGCGUGUUUCUGUGCAUUGACUGUUCUGGGAUACAUCGCUCAUUGGGAGUGCACUUAAGCUUUAUCAGAUCCACAGAGCUGGAUUCCAACUGGAGCUGGUUUCAGCUGAGAUGUAUGCAGGUUGGAGGAAAUGCAAACGCGAUGGGGUUUUUCCGCCAGCAUGGCUGUACCACCAAUGACACCAAUGCGAAGUAUAACAGUCGUGCGGCUCAGAUGUACAGAGAGAAGAUUCGACAGCUUGCCAACGCUGCACUCUCCAAGUAUGGCACUGAUCUGUGGAUUGACCACUCAGGCUGUGCUCAGCCAUCACCUGUAGAGAAGAGAGAGAACGACUUCUUUGACGAGCACACACAGCCUGCCAACAGCUGGAACAUGGCGUCCCCGUCCCUAACAGAUGAGAACGGAGCCAUAACCCCUCAACUGGAGCAGAGCAAUCCUAAGAGUUCAGAGACCAGCACUCAGUCUGAAGAGGGUCCGAGCAUUGAAGGACUGAGCACAAGUCCUAAAGCCACAAUAGAUGACUCGAUGCGAUUGACGUCUGGAGAGUCUCCUGAAGAAGUGAAACCCUCCAUUAUUGGAAAGAAGAAGCCAGCCGCUGCAAAGAAAGGGCUUGGUGCUAAAAAGGGUCUUGGUGCCCAGAAGGUGAGCAGCAAAAGCUUCACUGAGGUGGAAAAACAAGCCCAGGUGGCAGAGAAAAUGAGAGAGGAACAGGUCACUGAGGCCAAGAAACAAGCCGAAGAGUCCAUAGUGGCCUCGAUGCGACUGGCCUACAAAGAGCUGGAGAUUGACAGGAAGAUGGAGGAGAAGAAACUAAAGAGCCUUGAGGGCAAGAAGAAGGAACAGGCGGAGAGGCUGGGAAUGGGAUUCGGCAACAGGAGUGCCGUGUCUCAUUCUGUGAUGGCUGAGAUGCAGGUGAUCGAGCAGGAGACCCCGGUCGGAGUCAAAUCCUCUUCUCGCUCUAAACUGGACAUGUUUGAUGAACCCGGCUUCGCCUCCGGACCGCCCAAGUACAAGGACAACCCCUUCACUUCAGGAGACAGCUUUGGCUCACGGUGGGACAAUGACGGAGGAUCCUCGUUCUCUUCCUGGGCUCUGGAGAAGGAGGAGCCUAAAGACAGCGAGGUCACCAUCUCAAGCAUCCAGCCAAUCGGAGAACGGUUGCCCAGCCGACGGAAGCAUGAGGCGUCUGUGCCAGUCACAGAGUCCAACGAAGCACAACAGAAGUUUGCCAAUGCUAAAGCCAUCUCAUCAGACAUGUUCUUCGGCCGUGAGAGCAACCCAGAGUAUGAAGCAAAGACUCGUCUAGAAGGCAUGUCUGGAAGCACCUCCAUCAGCUCUGCUGACCUGUUUGGUGAUGGCAGUGUCCGUUCCUCUGGCUCAUCAGGAUUUGAAAACGUGCUUCCCUCCGGUCCAGACAUCGCUCAGUUCAAGCAAGGUGUGAAGACUGUUGCAGGGAAGAUGGCAGUGCUGGCUAACGGAGUUAUGAACACCAUUCAGGAUCGCUAUGGAUCUUACUGAAAGGACUGCAUUUGAAUGAAACAGAAGCUGCAUUACAGGACACACCUCACUGCUGAUUGGCUCUGGUCUGUCUUUGAGAGAGAGAGAGAGAGAGAGAGAGAGAGAGAAAGACCUAGACCUGGGUGCUCUCAGUCUCUCCCCAGACCACUGUAGACACUCUUGCUGACAGUAUUUUAAUUUCUUUUUUGAGGACUCUUGUUUUAUUUUCAGAUAACAUCAGAAGCCCUGGGAAGAGUGUAAAGUUUGUUUUCAGAAUCGCAGUGCUUUCUGUUUGAACUAACAAUCCUGUUUUCUCUGCCAUGAACCGGUCUUUGAUUUCAAAUAGGUAUGGAUUUGAAAUGUAUUCUGUCCGGAAUUAAAUGUAUAACUAAACUUAUAUGCGCUAAUAUGUUCUCAUGGCUUUCUUCUUUGUAUUUUAACGGUAUCCGAAGACCUUGGUUCAUUCGGUGAACAAGGAAAGGGAACCCCAUAUGGUAUAUUUAUACAUUUGGAAUAUUUUAAGCCCUUUUCCUAAAUGCGACCUAUUAGAUUUUGAUGCAUUAUCAUGAUUUGACAUUAUGACAAUUUGAGUGACUACGUGAUGAAAUGACAGUACUAUUGUGCAAUAUGUUCAGGCAUGUUAAGGACGAGUUCUUAAAGCUUUUUGUGGAUGUUUGAGCUGACCGAUGAUUUUAAACUGAACCCUGUUUGUUUUUGCAUGCCAGCAUAAGCCGAAGACACUGGUGCUGGAUCCGAUUUCCAGCGUUCACUCAUAUUUACAAAGAAAAUGCUCAAGAAGCCAAGCGGUUCGAGGAGGUUUGCAGCGAUGUGAUUUAAUCAACAGCAAUUUAACAAGGCGCCCUCAGUUUAGAUGAUAAAAUGACAGCUGACAGCUUAGUUAUUUUAUAUUUAAAGUUCACCCACUGUCGUCUGUUUUCUGGUAAUGUGCAUGUGCAGUUCUGUUUCCUAGUACAUGCAUUACAGCCUUUCUUUACUCUUCUAUUGGGUUAAUGCCAGACCGGGAGCUGGCGAAUGGUAUUUGUCUGCCUGUCCGUUUGUAUCCCAAUGCUAAAUUUGAAAAUAAAGAACAAUCCAACAGCCGUCUGGAAUAAAAGCUAUUUAUUGUAGUCUGUUGAGAAGAAUCUAUUGAGAUUUGUGUGAAUAAAGAUUGAAAUCCCCACAAA